UGCGCAGUGCGGCUUCCUGCUGCUGUCCAAGAUGGCGGCGCCCAUGACCCGCUGCCGGAGGUCGCGAGGGAAAUAGAGACGCCUUUAGGUUAACGUCGCCCUCAGCAACAACAACAAAAACAGAGAACCGCGGAUCUCCAAUACAGUCAGCACCAUCUUCACCCACCGAGAGCAGCGGCCUGAGGUUCCUCAGGAGAGCGGGAGGCUCCCGGGGACAGGCGGCGGCCUGGCCAGUCUUUCCACAAUGCCCGGAUCACUUCCUGCCAACGCUGAGGCCAGCUGGCCCAAGGAUGUGGGAAUCAUUGCCAUGGAGAUCUACUUCCCGUCUCAGUUUGUGGAGCAGACAGAACUGGAGAAGUUCGAUGGGGUGGACGCAGGCAAGUACACGGUGGGCCUGGGUCAGUCCAGGAUGGGUUUCUGUUCUGACCGUGAGGACAUCAACUCCUUGUGCCUGACCGCUGUUCACCGGCUGCUGGAGAGGAACAACCUCCCAUACGAGAGCAUCGGGCGACUGGAGGUGGGCACAGAGACUAUCAUCGAUAAGUCCAAGUCAGUGAAGACCGUUCUGAUGCAACUGUUUGAGGAGUCUGGGAACACUGACAUCGAAGGCAUUGACACCACUAAUGCCUGCUAUGGUGGGACCGCUGCACUCUUCAACUCUGUCAACUGGGUGGAGUCCAGUUCCUGGGAUGGGCGCUAUGCACUAGUUGUUGCUGGUGAUAUUGCCGUCUAUGCCACUGGGAGUGCCCGUCCCACCGGUGGUGCCGGUGCCAUUGCCAUGUUGGUCGGUCCAAAUGCUCCGCUGGGAUUUGAGCGAGGACUCCGGGGAACACACAUGCAGCACGCAUACGAUUUCUACAAGCCGGACAUGGUGUCAGAGUACCCAGUGGUGGAUGGGAAGCUUUCGAUACAGUGCUACCUCAGCGCAUUAGAUCACUGUUACAAAGUUUACUGCAACAAGUAUCAGGCACAGAAACAAAAAGAGGGCAGCGAUGCUCGCUUUACUCUCCAGGAUUUUGACUACAUGGUAUUCCACACCCCUUACUGCAAACUGGUCCAGAAAUCUGUGGCCCGGCUGCUUCUCAACGAUUUCCUACAUGACUCCAACCCCAACACAGAGAGUGGUAUCUUCAGCGGCCUGGAGGCCUUCAGAGAUAUGAAACUUGAGGACACUUACUUCGAUCGGGACGUGGAGAAAGCUUUCCUGAAGGCAAGCAGCGAUAUUUUUAAGCAGAAGACGCAUCCAUCACUGAUGCUUUCCAACCAGAAUGGGAACAUGUACACGCCCUCUGUCUACGGCUGCCUGUCCGCCGUGUUAAGCCAGCGCUCUGCCCAGCAGUUGGCCGGCCAGAGGAUUGGCCUGUUCUCCUAUGGCUCGGGAUUUGCUGCUACCCUGUACUCGCUCCGCGUCACCCAGGACGCGACACCCGGAUCUGCGCUGGACAAGCUGAUGUCCAGUUUGUCAGACCUGCAGGUCAGGCUGGACUCGCGCAAGAAGGUGUCACCGGAAGUAUUCGCCACCAGCAUGAAGCUGAGGGAGGAAACCCAUCAUUUGGCAAACCACCAGCCACAGAGUGCAGUAGAGGACCUGUUCCCUGGCACGUGGUAUCUCACCCGAGUGGAUGACAAACAUCGUCGUGACUACGCUCGGAGGCCAGUCCUGGAGAACAGCAGCUUUGAGGCUGGGUCAGGUGUUCUCCAGAGCAAAACCACCGCGGCUGAGUGUGCACCAAGUCCUGCCAAGAAAAUGCCCAGGAUUCCAGGAACAGCUGCACAAGCUGGCACUGCUAACCUCAGCAACGGAGAGCACUGAGCUGACGUCGAGAAUGUGGGGGAGCAAAGAGGACAAGAGAGAGAAAAUGAACAAUCUCCCCCAGCCCCGGCAAGUCUGAUCCAUGUGGGUGGGAUUCCUCUGACUUCUGGGGAAGGAACGCUGGAUAGAUAUCUGAAAAUGAAUUCUUGGGUCUUCUGCAAGAAGGUGUCCCAGACCAGCCACCUGAUGUACAGUCAGUCUGCAGCACACACCUUUUUUUUCAAACUUUGUUUGCAUUCAAACAUUGUAUUUUAAAAUUCUGUUUACUGUGCGUGGAACGGGUGGGUGAGCUUUGAAUGCUUGUACGUUGCAUUCGAUCUGUGCGCUCCCGUGCGCUCCCUUUACUGCUUUGUAAUUUAGCUGUUUGCUUCCUUUCUGUUUGAUGUGAUAUUUAUGUCUGUGCAGUGAGUUGGUGCCCAAGCCGAUGAAGUACAGACAAACCUCAGUUGUUCAUUGAUGCAUCAUCUUCUCCCCACGCCCAGUAGCUGUUUCUGAUCGUGUUGAAAUUUAAUUUUAUCCAGUGAAAAAGAAAAUCCUGAACCUGCACAUGUUCUGAAGUGAGUUAUAAAAUGUAGGAUCUGUUGUAAAGUUCUUUUUAAAUUAAAAAAAAAGUGUACAAACUCACGAAACGGA